GAAUCGCUCAUAUGACUGUUACCCCCUCCACUUACGGUUGCGUGGUGCUAGCGUGGGCAUUAAGUGGAGUAUGUUGCGUGAUUUUUAAUUCAGUGUUUAUUUCUCGGUAAAGAAAAAAACGUUGUCCAUCAAUACACAGGAUAUACUCUGAUAAGAGCAGACAUCAAUGGCAUCUUCGUGUAUGAUAUUGCGACGUGGUAUCGCAACUUCUUGCGUUUGUCAUGGGAAACGAAAUUUUCGAAAAUUCCUACUAUACAAUAAACGAGGGAGUCGUAAUUUUAAAAUGCAACAAGCGAAAAAUCCAGAUUCUGAUAUACCAAUAGAUAAGAGAGGUGUAAGAGAUAUUGGAUACAAAAUAGAUGACAGAUUUGUUAUUGUGCCAGAGAUGAUUCCUGAAUUGAUUGUUCCUUCAUUGGAAGGAUUCACUUUGAAACCAUAUGUAUCGUACAAAGUAGAGAUGUUUACAGAACCACAAUUUACCGCACAAGAUUUAUUUGAUGCAGUAUAUUCUAAAAAAAUAAAAGAAGAUUUUACAAAUAAUCAGUUGGACGAGAAAGGAGAGCCAGUGAAUCCUAACGAGUAUGAAAAGCUUACACCGCAACAAGCUAAGGAUAAUGCUAGCAAAACAGGCUGUGACAUUUUUGACGCUAACAAGCAAUUGUAAGAAUUUUUACUUUUUAGUAUUUAUGAUUCUCUAAUGUAUAUUUUUCUCUCUUUUAUGUUAAAAUAAAGAAUCUGGAAUAUACUCUAGUCAGAUUAAUAUGGA